CGCAUAAGCGAAGUAAGCGGUGGCUUAGGGCCCCGAGGCCACAAGGGGGCCCCCAAGAGCAAUAAAAAAUAUAUUGUAGCCUAUUUGUUAUUUUUCGCCCAUGUAUAAAUAGUGAUUUCUAUAUGAUCAAAGAUAUAUUAUUGUACAAAGAGACAAUUUCAAUAGAGUGCUGGUGGUGGCACCACCCUCUAAUAUUCUUCCAUGGGACCCAAACAACCAGUGUGCAAAGUUUGUUGCUUUAAUCCAGCGUGUCACUUUUUUUUUCGCUAAGCCACCGCCCACCGGACUAUAAGGCUUCGCUGCACCGGCGCUUCCUGCCCAGAAAAACAACAACAAACACGUGCAACUGACGGUUCCCGACAUGCAGUGUGCCCUGCGCAUCCUUAACAUAGGUUGUUAGGCUAACGAUGUCACAAAAAAGGACAUAUCCCUCAGGGGCAGAGAAAAGAAAAAGGAAGAAAGAGGAAGAGGAGAAAAAAUGUCGAGAUAAAGGAGCACUGUUAAAGUAUUUUGGAGGCACAGAAGCAGCCCAGUGGCAGUCAGCAUCCUCAGGCUCAACUGUAUGCAAUCCAUCAGAGCUUGCACCCCCAUCUUGUGUGCCCAAUGUCCCCUCCGUGUCUGCAACCACGGAUGAUCUACCUGAGCUCACACCCCCAUCUUGUGUGCCCACUGUCCCCUCUGUGUCUGCAACUACAGACGAUCUACCUGAGCUCACACCCCCAGCUUGUGUGCCCACUGUCCCCUCUGUGUCUGCAACUACAGAUGAUCUACCUGCAACCUCCACCACAACGUCCACUUCUCACCACGGAUCAUCAUCAGCUCCACCAGUGGACCCAGCUGAGUGGCCUUCUUUUCUGUCAGAUUCAGACCGGACUGAGCAGGUGAUCAUGGGGCCACUGCCUAUUAAGGAGAGCUUUUCAUUCCCUAAAAGAUAUGAUGGCCGAAGUUUCCAUUAUCAUUAUACCAACAGACAAUUAGUUAAUGGGGAAAAAGUGAAGCGUAGCUGGCUGACUUAUUCAAGAAGUAAAGAUGCAGUCUACUGCUUUUGCUGCAAACUAUUUUCUAAGAAGUCCAUAAAAUUGGCAACUGAUGGACAGCAGGAUUGGGUAAACAUAGGCGCACUCCUCAAACAGCAUGAAAAGUCUGAAGAUCAUUGUAGUAAUAUGGUCAAAUGGAAGGAGGUUAUCUUGCGUCUUUCAAGGAAAAACCAUUGA